AUGAUGAUGGUGCUGAUUGUGUGGCUCGUGAUGAUCCUCGGUGUUAUAGUUAGCCUGAGCGAGGCCUACAAUCUGCCCCUGCCGAUGCGUCGGAAUAUAAUCAAAGUGCGUGCCAGUGGUUUUUUGCCCUUCGAAUCGGAUUUGCUAUUGCCAUUGGGCAUACUCAGGCAAUUGCAACAUGCCCAGGAUCGUGCCUCACGUUCUCGUCAUGUUCUGCCCCAUCAGCAUAGGACAACCAAGUUGAAAAAGAAACCAAAGCAACAAGUGCGUUUGGAACGUACCAAAUCUCUGCCUGACAUGCAAAUGUACAAUCUAAUCGACGAUGAUGGUGAACUAUUACUCAAUUUACGUGUCCACAAUGACGGAGUGAAGGGUGCUCAUGGCGCAGACAAAGAUCCACAUACAGACACAGAUGUAGUGCCGGCUGCUGCCUCCUUUCGUAAUAGCAUCAUCAAUGACAAUGACAAUGGCAAUGAGUCACCCUGGUUGCCAUCCAAAUGGCGGCCCACAACCGAAAGAUCUGCAAUGGCAAUGGGAGUGGCUUUGGGAAUGGGAUUCACUUCAUCGUCGCCAAAACCUUUGCCGCUUCAUCAAUAUUUGACCAGCAAUCAUUUGAAUGAGGCCGAGCGUCGAUCGUUUAAGCCGCAAAAAGUUUGGCCAUAUAAGUGA